UAGCAUUAGCACUCUUAGUGGCGAAAGACCUCUGUCAAUCUGCUGUUAUCAUCGUUAAAGACUCCUUCCAAAAGAAAAUCUAUAAUAGCCCCAUCGCAUCAUUAUCUCUAGGUUGCACCGUGAAGAUGAAAACCAAAGCAUUUCCUUUGAUGGGAAUUAUUGUAGUGAUGAUGGGUUGCAGAAUUCAAGGUCAGUUCGUACCGGGUGAAAAUUGCAAGCAAUCAACUUUCGAAGUCAAUUGCACGUGCGGAGGAGAGAAGACGAUCUUAUCCUACGACACCUUGAAUAUCAACGAAAACGCGUUCGACCUCCGCAUCGAGAAAUGCACGGGCACGCUCAACGUCGAGGACGAAGUGCUGACCUAUUUCACCCACCUGCGGAAGAUCGUCUUCAACGACAUCGAGAGGCUGGUCGUCCGCACGGGGGCCCUGGACCUGCACCACGGACUGGUGGAAUUCCAUAACGUCAGGAACGUCGUGCUCUUCGAGGGUUCCCUCAUCGUUCCAGGUAACAGCAUCACCAACGUCACCGUGGUCGACAGCGGCUUGAUUCUGAACGCUUCGGAGGUCUGGUCGGGUUCUCGAAGGCACGUCGGAGAGGCGGUGUUUAGGUGUCACUGUCGGCAUAUGUAUUACGGAUUUGACAAUCCAGGAGUGGACAUCAUGAGGGAGGCGGUGCGGUGCAGUGCGGAGGAUCGGAGGGUCAGGGAAGACAAUUGUGAAGGAGCACCUAGGCCUACUAGGUUUAACUCGGCGCAGUCUCUCCUCCUCCCGUCUCUGUUUUCCAUAAGCGUUUUCGCCAUCUUCUGCUUACUUCUGUAAUUCGGAUGAGUUUGUGAUCGAGGGGAAUCUAGUUAACAGUGUUGCCGUUUUGAGGAAUUUCAUCUACUAGUGUGGCUUUCUAAUGACAUCUGGCAAUCCUCCUUGGAUAUUCUGACCACAGCCACGACGCCAAGGAAUAAAAUUCUUCCCUGCCUUCUAAAUAUAUUGUGAAAAUAUGGAAUUAUUUAUAUAAUCCAUUUUAGGAUCUAAUUUGAAAUAGCAAAUUAGUUUACCGUAAACAUUUUCUUUCAAAAGACAACGUCAAAAUGAAAACUAUUUAAAGUAAAUUAGUCUACCAUAAACUACGAUUUCUUUGAAAAUCGGAAGAACUGCAUAUGGUAACACUGCUAAAAGCCAAUGUUGUGAAAAAAAAAAAAACGGCAACGCUGAAUUCUAGUAUCGAGGUAGAUGAGUCCUUCCUAAGACUGACAGAUGGCAGUGUAAACCCGAUGAGAGAUUCUGACUGAAUCAUGAGAAACAUUACUAAAGGCGCUUCAAGAGUUGAGUCCGGUUUGGUCUUGUGACAAAACGGACCUUUGCCAAAAAGUGGCAAAGUGUUGAAAGGUUUGAGAGGCCUGGUGUAGACCUCUGGACAGAGAAAACCAACAGAGGCGGCUGAAGAGUUAAGGAAGUGGCUAAAAUGCAUUAUUAGUUACUACAGUUGCUCCACAUCUCGUGUAAUGGAGAGAGAGAGAGAGAGAGAGAGAGAGAGAGAGAGAGAGAGAGAGAGAGAGAAUGGAAAUGUGGCGAAAACAGACUUACUUUCCCCUUGUUAUUAUUUGAAUUUUCAUGUAAAAAUGUCAAUUUUUACGUGUUUUAUUUGAAACAAAAAUUUUUACAUUUUACUCUUGUGUGUUGGAAAAAAUUUACGUAAAUGCCAUUCAGGCUAAUCUGCAAUAAACUGUUUUCUAAUCUUGCUUUAGUUUUUGCAGUGAUCUUACCUAAUAUCAACUCAACUUUGAACUUCUCGUAUUGCGAACAGAAUCAAUUGUUCCUACAUCAAAAUUAAAGUGGAAAGUGGCUCAGAUCUGUGGCUGUAGUCCGUUUUGCAUGAACUGAUUUCUAAAUCAGAAUCAGUCCAUUCUAUUUUAUCACUUAUAUUAUCAAAAUUUACCAACAAAGUUAUUGAAACAUUUUAGCAAAAUAAAGCAAUUUCAUAAAUUAGCAUAAUUUACCAUCAGUUGUGGAAGCUUUUUCGCUAUAUAAAGCAAUUUCAAAAUACUUAACCUUUUAUAUCAAUACUUGAGUCCUCUUAAGGAAUUACUUCAUUCUGUAUACUUGAUAUCUCAUUUCUUAGGUAAGAUUCAACAUUUAUCUUAGCAUUUCAAGUUACAUUUCUCGUUAUUUUGAUGUUUUGUAUAGAGAUAUUAUAGUUUUUUUUCUAAAGUUCAAUAUUAAUCAAUAGUGUGCUGCUUUUCCUGUCUCUACUGAGAUAUAAACAUUGUUAAUUUAUUCUGCUAGACUGUAAUUACAAUAGUGUUCUUGCAUUUUUGCAUAACACUGACUUUUAUUAUCAUUGUAUCAUGUAUUUUGCAACUGCGUUAAAACUAACUGCCAUUGCAUUUUUUAAUUUGCUAUAAUGCUAUCCUUUAAUUUCUAACGAAAUAUCUAAACUUCUAAUUAUGCGUCAUUUACUUUCUGACAAAAAAUAAAAAUAAAAUAAUUUU